AUGGCCACUCCAGUGGUUCCUGUCAUCAACCAGGCUCCUUCCGCCACUGACCCAGCAGUCUACGCCGAGUACGAGUCGAAAUGGGCGACCUAUCCCACUGAUGCUCAAGGCUGGCUUGAGCGUGCUCGUGAAGUUGCGGCUGUUUUGUCGGUUGAUGCUGCUGCUCGUGAGAAAGCCAACAAAUCCCCAAAAGCCGAGGUUGCUCUUCUCAAGCACUCUGGGCUUUUGAAGGUUCUCGGCCCAAAGAAGUACGGUGGUGGUGAGCAACCAUGGAGUGUCGGCUAUAAGGUCAUCAGAGAAGUUGCCAAAGGCGACGGCUCCAUUGGCAUGUUGCUUGGAUACCACCUCUUGUGGUCACGAACAGCCCACGUGGUCGGCAAUGAUGAGCAGGCCGAACGGUUCCAGAAGCUCAUCAUUGAAAACAACUACUACGUCGGCGGCGCUGUCAACCCAAGAGACAAUGACCUCAAGAUCACAUACGAUGACUCCAACAUCACCUACAACGGCUUCAAGAACUUCACCACUGGCGCCGCUGUCUCUGAUCUGAUCGUCCUCGAGGGUGCCAUUCAUGACAGACCUGAAGAGCAUAUUUUUGCCAUCGUUCCUACUGCCCAAGCUGGCAUUCAGUUCCACUACAACUGGGACAAUGUUGGUUUGAGGUUGACGGAGUCUGGUAGCGCCAAGAUUGAAGGCAUCUCCGCCCCAUGGACUGAUGCUCUUGGUUGGGAUGUGGCGACCAAGAAGCCUGACCCGGCUGUGCUGGGCAUUCCUUUUCCCGCUCUCUUGCUUCCUACCAAUUUCUACCUUGGCAUCGCCCUCGGCGCCUUGGACUUUGCCAAGAAGUACACCACAACCAGCACAAGAGCGUGGCCAUACGGCGGCGACAACAAGGAGAAGGCCACCGAUGAGUUCUACAUCCUCUCCACCUACGGCAACUUCUUCGCCCACCUCCGUGCUGCCGAGGCCCUUGCCAACCAGGCUGGGGCCGAAGCUGACCGCAUCUAUGGCACCUACCAGAACAACCGAGCCGCCUUCCCCAUCGAGGAGCGUGGUGAAUGGGCCGAGUUGGUUGCCUCCGUCAAGGUUGUCACCACCGAUGUUGGUCUUCGGGUGACAGCGGGAGUGUUUGAAGUGACUGGCUCCAGGGCAACUGCCAGCAAGGUUGGGCUGGACAGAUUCUGGAGAGAUAUCAGAACCCACACUCUGCACGAUCCGGUGGCUUACAAGAACCGAGAGCUGGGAAGAUAUGUCUUGCUCGGGGAGCACCCUGAGCCUACUUGGUACACGUAA